AGCUCUUCUGUCUGGAUGAUGAACAGCCUGUGUGUGGGGUGUGUCGAGACUCAAGAAAACACACCAACCACAAGUUCCAACCUGUAAAUGAGGUUGCAUCUGAUCUAAAGGAGGAGUUGAGCAUCAGAUUACAGCCCUUAUGGAAGAAUCUGAAGGAUCUUCAGAAAGCAAAAAGCAACUGUGAUGAAACAGCGCAAUACAUUAAGACUCAAGCCCUAAACACAGAGAAGCAGAUCAAGGAAGAGUUUGAGAAGCUUCACCAGUUUCUUCGAGAUGAAGAGGCAGCCAGGAUAGCUGCACUGAAGGAGGAAGAGGAGCAGAAGAGUCAGAUGAUGAAGGAGAAGAUUGAGAAGAUGAGCAGAGAGAUUUCAUCUCUUUCAGACACAAUCAGAGCCAUAGAAGAGAAGAUGGGAGCUGAUGACAUAACAUUUCUACAGAACUACAAGAGCACAGUGGAAAGAGCCCAGUGCACACUGCAGGAUCCAGAGAGAGUUUACUGGGGUUUUAUCAAUCGGGAAAGGCACCUGGGCAGCCUGAAGUUCAGAGUCUGGCAGAAGAUGAGCAAUAUUGUACAGUGCACUCCUGUGACUCUGGAUCCCAACACUGCACACACAGAUCUCAUCCUGUCUGAGGAUCUGACUAGUGCAAGAUACGUUGAGGAUAAUCCAGAGAGGUUUGAUAAGCAACGUAGUGUCCUGGGCUCUGAGAACUUUAACUCAGGGACUCACUGCUGGGAUGUGGAGGUUGGAGAGAACACAUGGUGGGGUGUAGGUGUGCUGACAGAGUCCUCCCAGAGGAAGGGAAACUGUACCUCUAUGAGUGGACUGUGGUAUGUGUUUUAUAAAGACAGUAAAUAUGGAGCACAUGCUCCACCACAGCCCCCCACUCUCCUCACAGUGAAGCAGAAACUCCAGAGGAUCAGAGUGCAGCUGGACUGGGACAGAGGAGAGCUGUCAUUCUCUGACCCUGAUAAUAACACACACCUACAUUCUCUCACACACACUUUUACUGAGAGGGUGUUUCCAUACUUUAAUGUUGGAUGCAGUCUCUCUCCUCUGAGGAUCCUACCAGUGAGUCCUCAGUAAGAUCAGAGCAGCACUGAUGGAGCUGAUGGUGUCUCUGACUGGACUCCCAUAAGGCCAGUAUGUGUGAUGAUGAGGGGGGAGGGCAGAUAGGGCAGAAUAGGUAGUGAGGAGUAAACAAAUAGCUCUCAGGUUAAUGUUAGUGACCUGUGUUAUUUAUAGCAGCCUAAUGAUAUGGGUCUUUGUGGCUUGAUAAUAAAGCUAUAAAAUGUUGUAUUCACAUAACACUAUAAUCAUCCAGGGUUUCAAAUGUCUCUGACUUGUUUUUGUUUUUUUUUCUGAUAUAUUUUACACUCCUAGUAUAAAAUGAAUGUGUUGAAAACGGCACAUCUCUGUGUCCAGAUAGGGACAACACCGUUUGUGCUGUUUCCAUUGUUUUUGUUAUUUGUUACACAAUGGUUGAAAAUAACACAUUUGAAAGUGUAAAAAUGUGUAAAAAAUCAGGGUAAAUUCUUCAUCUGCAACACAUAUUUCUGGAAUUUCUUCUACAAAAAUAUUGAAUUAAGUUAACUGAACACAUACCUUUGUAAUAUUCAGUCUGUAAAUGUGACUUAUAAGGGAGUCAGUGCAAUUAUGUGCAUUUGACCGUUGCCCCUAAUCUGACAUUGGGACUUAUACAGAGGAAUCUGCCAGUGUCUCAGCCAUGUGAGUUUUAUAGAGGAACAUGACUGUGCAUGUUUUCAAAUAAGCUGCAUUACUUUGUAGAAAUCUGCUUUCACUUUGACAUUAAAGAGGGGAUUGCUGUAAAUUAUUGUUAAAAAGGGCA